ACAGAAUGAAUCAAAAUUCCGAUCUGAGAUCCAAGCCAAGCAUAUUAGUGCAACAGAUGCUUGAUGAAAUCAGGAUAUGCAGAAAACUUGUGUCAAUAAAGGUACAAAUUGGGAUAGUGAUCAUUUCCAAUUUUGAGUGUAGAGAUGGCACAAGAACAACAGGUCAAAAAGUGUUCGGUACUUUCAACUUGUGAUGCAUAUUUUGAGAACAUACAGUGCAGGAAGAAAUUACCUCAAUCAUUUCAGGAGUCUUUAACUGCUGCUUUUGCAAAAAUUCCUGUGUCAACUUUUCCACAAGUUCCUGGUGGCAGAGUGAUUGAAAUUCUAGCUGACACAACAAUUGCUGAGGCUGUUAAGAUUCUAUCAGAAUGCGAUAUCAUGUCAGCUCCAGUUAUAAACCCGGAUGCAAUAAGAAGCAUGGAUUGGAGAGAGAGGUACAUGGGAAUUGUAGAUUACCCAGCAAUCGUUCUCUGGGUACUAGAAAGUGCAGAAAUUGCAGCAGUUGCUUUAUCAACCAGCACUGCCACAGCUGCAGGCGUUGGUGCUGCAGCUGUUGGUGCUCUUGGAGCUGUAGCAAUGGGUGCAACAGGUCCUGCUGCACUUGCCGGACUAACUGUUGCUGCAGUAGGAGCUGCUGUGGCUGGUGGUGUGGCUGCAGAUCAAGGGGCAGGAAAAGAUGCUUCAACAGCUGCUAGCCACUUGGGAGAGGAUUUUUACAAAGUCGUCCUUGAAGAAGAGCCCUUUAAGUCAACAAAAGUAAGUUCUAUAAUCAAAUCCUUCCGCUGGGCUCCUUUUCUUCCAGUUGCAACAGAUAGUUCAAUGUUGAGUGUCAUGCUGCUACUUUCAAAAUAUAGGCAGAGAAAUGUCCCUGUGAUUAAACCAGGCCAGCCUGAUAUCAAGAACUACAUUACGCAAUCUGCAGUUAUUCAUGGUCUUGAUGGAUGCAGAGGAAAGGACUGGUUUGACACUAUUGCUGCAAGGCCUAUCUCUGAUUUAGGUCUCCCUUUCAUGCCAUGUGAUGAGGUUGUUAGCAUCCAAAGUGAUGAACCAGUUCUAGAAUCUUUCAAGCUAAUGAGAGAUCACCAAAUAGGUGGUCUUCCAGUUGUAGAAGGGCCUAACAAGAAGAUCGUUGGGAAUGUAAGCAUAAGAGACAUCAGACACUUGCUGCUCAAACCAGAACUAUUCUCCAAUUUCAGGCAGCUAACCGUGAAGGAGUUCAUGAAUACAGUCUCAACCAAAGAAUAUGGCAGAGUUACCCCACCGAAAACAUGCAUGCUAGAGACAACUCUCGGCAGUGUGAUCAAUACUCUUGCCUCCUCGUCAAUUCACCGGAUCUAUGUAGUAGCGGGCAGUGAAGAUGAAGUCGUUGGUGUAAUCACACUUAGAGACGUGAUCUCUUGCUUCAUAUUUGAGCCUCCAAACCAUUUUGAUAGUUACUUUGGGUUUUCAGCAAAAGAAAUGUUGAAUCAGUGAUACUUCUUGCUGUACUAAUCUAAAGGAACCGCAGAAAUGUAACUGAAUGGUUAAGUAAU